AACCUAUAGCAUAUAACCUACCUUUGUUGAAAAGAUAUUUAAAUAUUUUCGUCGCGAUCAUUCAAAAGUGAUAUGUUGGAUUAUUCUUAAAUCAAUAUGAAAGACAGGUAGAUAAAACCUCUGGCGAACCUCAAUUAAGGAUUAUCUGACCGUUGAUAACAGCCGUAUAAAGACCAUAUUGAUUUUGUCACAGUAAAAUGUUCAAGCCAUAACGAAGGGAUUAACUAGUAUAAAAUCUAAUGGAGAAUAUCAAGACAGUUCCGGUCAAGUGGAAACAGCUAUGCCGAACAGACGACAGGAUCAAGUUGGAACAAAUGGAAUUUUUAUUUGGACAUACGGAAAGUUUUACAUGUUUUGUCUUAUUGCGGUGAUAUGUUUUUUCCUAUUGGAAUAUUCAGACUACACUGGAUCAAUCAGUAUUCAAAUGAUUCCAAAAUUUAUUAAAAAAAGCAAAAUGAAAGUUCAUGAAAUUGAAACGAAAGGAGUAACAAAAGGCUUGCGUUUUCCCCAAAAAUCUAUAGUGGAUAUUGUUGGCAAACAUAAAACAACAAAAUCGGUCUCUACUACACAGAAUUCAAGCAGACUAUCUAAUAGUAGUCAAGAUUUUACCGACUUCAAAAAGACACAUUUUAUGACCGCCAAUGGUCAAGGGCGUCUUGGAAACCAACUAUUUCAAGUAGCUUGUCUUAUUGGCACCGCCUUCCGUCAUAAUUACACACCGUUUAUUCCACGUAAUCAUCGCCUUAACCGUGUUUUAGACUUAAAACAAGCAAGGGAUAUUCACAUGACAAAUAUUGCUAGCAUCGGCGAAGGCAAAGCAAUGGCUUACAACAGUAAAGUGGAAACAUUAUCCCAUGAUAAAAACUGGACAUUAAACGGAUAUUUUCAAUCAUGGAAGUAUUUUCAUCAUUGCAGACAUGAAAUCAUUAGUUCGUUUAAAUUUAAGCAAAAUACAAAAAGAAAAGUGAUAGAAAUUCUUAAAACAAUCAACGCCAAAGGGCGGCCAUUGAUAGGUGUACACAUAAGAAGGGGUGAUAUGUCGUCGAGCUCUGAAAUGAAACGAGGUUACAAUGUCGCAACACCAGAAUUUAUUACAAAAGCAUUUGCAUAUUUUAGAAACAAUACUAACAAACCUUUAUUCUUAGUUGUCUCGGAUGAUCCACGAUGGUGUAAAGCGCAUGCUCAUGGACCGGAUGUUAUCUACGCUGGAACCGGAAGUCCAGAAACAGACAUGGUGCUGUUAACAUAUUGCAAUCAUACAAUUAUCACCUCUGGAUCGUUUGGUUGGUGGGGAGCAUAUCUAUGUGGGGGUAAAACAGUUUAUUUCAGUAAUUUUCCUCGUAAUGGAAGCUGGCUGGCUACCAUAUAUAACCGUGAUGAUUACUAUCUCCCGGAAUGGAUUGGGAUGCAAUAGAUCAUGUGACAUAUAUGUUUGUGUGCGCGCACCCGAAAUGGAUUGGGAUGCAAUAGAUACAUAUAUGUUUCUGUGCGCACAUAUGUGAUUUACUUUAAUGUGUAAUCCUUAAGCUCUAUGUGAUUAAUUUAUUCAAACUUCCAUGAAAAAAUUGACGAAGCUUGUAGUUUGGUAUCAUUAUUGUGUACGUCUUAAGUUUGUUAACUGCGAAAUAACCAUCAGAAUAAUUUGCCUUUUAUGCAACAAAAAAUGUCUAAGCUGUGUAUUACGAAAUGCUGAUUUGAUGUUCAUGUCGGGGAUGGGUAGGAAUUAAGUAGAAUUAUGUUGGCCUUGUAAAAAUUUAAAAUAGCCAAUCUUGCCCAUUGCUUUAUGAAAAAGCAUAUUAUCACCCACAAAAU